CAGGAGGAGAGAAGCGUCGAGCAGGAAACGACAGGAUAAAAGAAACUGAGAAAGGAAAGGACGAGCUCAGCGUGCAGAAUUGCUCAGGAGGAUUGUUUCCUUUAGGACGCGUGAGUGGCUUGUUGCCCCGUCGUGCCCGUCGCAUGCCGGGAUGGCGAGAUGGCGAGACGGAGAGUUGCAGAGCUAUCACCAUCACCAUCACGUGUGAUCCAAGGGAGGAGAUGACGUAGCUCUUCUCGCUUCCCCCAACUACUCUCUCGUGCGAAACCCAACACAACAGCUUUCCCACCUUGCCUACCACCUAUUGAUCGUCGUUCAGAGUGUCCACCCAUUGCAGCCGAAUACAGAGCGUGUGAGCUGCGGACUGAUCCAAAAAGCUCCUGUUCUCCUCCUGCAUAUUCACUCCACACCGACCUUUCCCCAGCGUUCCUGAACUUCAGAACCAGCUCACAUUCUCUCUUAUCGUAUGUGGCAGCCCAAGCCGAUGAAAGCCUUUGUAUCCAACAUGUUUCGCAUGGCCAAGACCCUCGAUGUAAUCACGCUGUUCCACAAGCCAUCCCUCCCCGCGAGCGUGCGGGCGCAGACGCUCCUGAAGCAGGCCUCGGCGCAGGCCUCCGAGACCGCGACCGAAGACCAGGCCUCGGACCACUCGCACCAGAACACCACCGUGACCCGGGACCCGUUCGAGCUGGAGAUUACCGAGCAGCCGCCCACGCCGGACCAGCUGAAGAGCAUCUUCGAGUACGUCGGCUCCGGCCGGGCGGGCGACCUGGUCAAGGGCGCCGCGAGCGAGAGCGAUGCCCUGAGGAAGGUCAAGCAGGACGGAACCCUGUUUACACGCCCCGUCGUCGUGGACUGGAGUGCCGGGAAGGCCGUCAUCGGGGACAAGGACAGCGAGAUCUUGAAGCUGUUGAAGGCCCAGCAGAAGUGAGGAGGUGGUGAGAUAGCGGAUGUUGCGUUCCAGUCGUCAGAGGACCAACAACAGGAGCUGCCACUGCGAGGAUGAGCAGAGUGGAGUGAUGACUCUCAAGAGAGCACGGCAACUGUAUGAAAAUACCCUCGAACUGCCGGGGGAAGUGGCGGACGACUACGCUUUGUGUCAAGUGCGGUUGAUGAAGUUCACGGGGGAGGAGAAGCAUGCGGCCACGAUGGACAUUACUAUGGUUGAUUCAAAGACGAAGCAAGGGCAUGCCUUCUCGAGCUCUGAAAAGUUCUAUGGUUGGUUUCCUCGGUGGUAUCUGAUUUUGACACGAUAAUUACGAUUUCAGCUUUCCUCUCAAUCCAUGAUCCCCAGUGGCUCGAAGGUAUCAAUCCAACAGCCGGGAGCGGUGAACUGUGAUGAAACCGCCGACAGCAGAUGAUUCCGUGUUUCUGGAGUGCCUGUCUCGCGAUCGACCCGUUUCUAUGAUUGGGUUCUUGCGAAAGAUGUCGAACUUUUUUCAAAACACCAAGUUCUUUCUUAUCUCUUCGCUGGCUGAGUUAUCGCUCUUUACAAGUCAGGCUCGUCACUCUGGAUGAGAGAAAGUGUUUGGCUAUUGCUUGCAUCGAUCUGCAACAUCAUGCAGGCGCCUCUGAUUUUAGCCAGGCCUCCUGUAUAUCUGUACUCCCUAUUCUGCGCCACCGAUAUGAACCAUUCGCCAGCACCUUUACAGAACCAGGAGAUAGUGAAAAGCUGCGCUACUGAUCCACCCAUGUCAUCGGAAAUGCAACAAGGUCAAGGACUUCCUGGUACAGCUUUUCCAAAUUGGACAUCCUUCUCUUGCUGCAUCCUCCGAGACUGAUAUUGCAAAUGCACUUCUAGUUGGGAAAUUGCGUGUCGGAAGCCCUGUCAUAUCUGUGCUCCUGGUACCUGCGGCGAGUUGUUCCACAGAAGCGAAGCGGAAUCACAACGUCAUGCAGGCCUCUGAGCCGGAGCGGUCAGGUCAGCCUGGUGAGCC